AUGCCAGCGAAAAAGACCCGAGCCGAGAAGGCGCAAGCGACGAAGGAGAAGGCCAAGGAAUUGCCUUCGCCCAACGCCCCUCCUGCCGAUGGUUGCUCCCCCUUCACGAACCUCCCUCUUGAGGUCCACAUGCUCAUCGGUGACACGUUGAAGGACAAGAAGCAACUUUGUGCCCUCGCCAAAUUGGCCAGGACGUCGCGCCGUCUCUGCUCCUUUUAUGAGCAGCAACUUUACAAAGGAAAGAACUGCAGCAACAUGAUACGCGCUCUGAUGUGGGGAGCGAGAAUGGGCUCUAUUCCUGUCAUGAAAACCGCAAACGGAUGGGGCGCAGACCUCGACACCCGGACCGAUCUUGACCGCCACAUCCCUUACGCUCCUCACCGCAACACGAAGGGUACAGCAUUACAGUUGGCCAUCAGAGUGAAGCAGAACGACACCAUGCAGUGGCUGUUUAAGCAGGGCGUCUUAGUGGAUGUGCCUAACAAGCCGGCCCGCAACAUGUGCCAGUGCGAUGGGGGCUGGGACAGAGGUGAGAUCUGGGCUUCCACUCUUCACAUCGCUAUUUGCACUGGAAAUUUGAACGCGGUCAAGUUGCUACUCCGGGUUCGGCGCGAAGGAGUAGCGGCGUUGGAGUACUCCCAAAAUUUUGACCAUGAUCUCAUCUUGCACACGGCAGUGUGCCAGGCGUUCCGUUAUCACGGCGUCGAAAUCUUGGAUUUCGUACUGGAAAACGCCAUGAUCCGCAA